GAACGGACGGUCCUGGUUUCGUUUCGUGGCCCAUAAAUCAAUCCUUCUCGCCAAAAAGGGUUCCUCCACCUCUUGCUCUCUCGUUCUCUAGAUCUUCAAGCGAUUCCGGGAGCUUCGUGGAUUCGAAAAUGGCAGAGACGAAGCCGACGAUGCACGCGGUGUGGUACGACUCUUACGGCGGAGGACCCGCCGGCUUGAAGCAUGUUGAUAUACCUGUUCCUGCACCUCAAAAGGAUGAGCUUUUGCUGAAACUAGAAGCAAUUAGUAUAAACCCUGUUGAUUGGAAAACGCAGAAAGGAAUGCUGAGACCAGUUCUUCCUCCCAAGUUCCCUCACAUACCUGCCACCGAUGUAGGAGGAGAGGUUGUUGAGGUUGGAACAGCAGUCAAGAAAUUUAAACCUGGCGACAAAGUUGUAGCCAUCCUUAGUCACUUGAAAGGAGGAGGAUUUGCCGAGUUCGCUGUAGCAAAGGAGAACCUAACGGUGGCAAGGCCUCCUGAAGUAUCCGCACCAGAAGGGGCAGGGUUACCGGUAGCUGGCCUCACUGCUCUCCAGGCCCUCACCCAAGCUGCUGGGAUAAAGCUCGACAGGAGUGGGCCACUGAAGAAUAUCCUGAUUACUGCUGCCUCGGGUGGCGUUGGCCACUAUGCAGUUCAACUCGCAAAGCUAGGAAACACACACGUAACUGCAACUUGUGGGACUCGCAAUGUUGACUUUGUCAGGAGCCUUGGCGCUGACGAGGUCCUCGACUAUAAGACUCCGGAGGGAGCCGCCUUGAAGAGCCCAUCCGGCAAGAAGUACGACUUCGUGGUCCACUGCGCACACUCUUUCCCUUGGACAGUUUUCGAGCCAAACUUGAGCGAGUGUGGCAAAGUGAUAGAUAUCACCCCAAGCAUUGGCGCAAUGAUGACCUUCGCUCUCAAGAAACUCACCUUCUCCAAGAAGCAGCUCGUGCCAUUGUUAUUAACACCCAGGCGAGAAUCUGGAAUUUGUGGUUAAGUUGGUUAAGGAAGGGAAGCUCAAGACCUUCAUCGAUUCGACAUAUCCGCUGAGCAAAGCGGAAGAUGCUUGGGCGAAGUCUAUAAAUGGUCAUGCCACCGGUAAGAUUAUCGUUGAGCCAUAGGGACUAUAUACUAAUGGCUGGUGUUUUUAUGGGUGUCGUCUAUGAUAAUGCUUUUCUUCUUGCUGUGAAUGUUUUUGAACGUGUUUGUUAAUUUUUACCUAUGGAGAGAUUUCUGGGAUGUGUAUGUAUUAUCACUUUGAAUAGAGCGAUUUACCUUAUACUGAAAUGCUUGUACAUAUGUUCCCCCUAUGAAUCUUUGAAUCUUUUUCACUUGUA